AAAAUGACAACUAGAAGGUUAAGUAGAGUCGAUAUAAAAACCACCUACGUGUAAUAAUCUAUUCUCCCUUUUAAUAUAUCGUGUGAAUAUCGUAUUCUUUUUUUAUUUUAAUCGAAAGAAUGAAGUGUACUACUCCUGAAAUUUCGUGGCAUAACCGUGACCCGGUACUGAGUGUUGAUAUACAAAAUAGUCUGUGUGAGAAUUUGAAAGGAGAAACAUUUUGGAGAGUAGCGACCGGAGGAGCGGAUUGUCAUGUUUUGAUAUGGCACUUGAUAACAACAGAGUGUGGUGGAGCUACUGUAAACUUUGCAGCAGACUUGGAACGUCAUCAAAGAGCAGUAAAUGUAGUAAGAUUCUCUCCAUCGAAGGAAAUUCUAGCAUCAGGAGAUGAUGAAUCAACUAUUAUCUUGUGGAAAAUCAAAGAGGACCGAGACUCUUCUGCACCUUCAGAUGAUACUGAAAGCAAAGAACAGUGGACUUCUUGGAAGGUGUUGAGGGGUCAUAUCGAAGAUAUUUAUGAUAUCAGCUGGUCACCAGACUCUAACUCUUUAAUUUCUGGAUCAGUUGACAACACUGCUAUAAUAUGGGAUGUUAAGAAAGGCCUUAAAACUGCAAUAUUAUCGGAUCACAAAGGUUUCGUCCAAGGAGUGUCCUGGGAUCCUUGUAAUCAAUAUGUCUGCACCAUUAGCACAGACAGGCACUGCCGCUUAAUAAGUAUUGCUACAAAGAAAGUCGUCCAACGUGUUUAUAAAUCCGUAAUCCCAACAUCAUCCGAAAGUCCACUUGAGAGGAAACUUGUACGUUUAUUUUAUGACGACACAUUUAAAUCUUUUUUUCGGAGGCUGACCUUUUCUAUAGACGGAUCAUUGAUUUUUGUUCCUUCCGGAAUAAUAGAAUCACAUGAGACUACAGAAACUAUAUCAAAUGCAACGAUUGUUUUCUCUAGGCAUAAUAUAAAAGAACCGAUAAUGAUUUUGCCAACUCUAAACGAAUGUACUAUAGCUGUACGAUGUUGUCCCGUGUAUUUCGAAUUGCGAGAGAAUGGUCCAGACGCUUUGAUAACACUGCCUUAUAGAAUGGUAUUUGCUGUCGCAACUCAAAGUUCUAUAUUAAUUUAUGAUACACAGCAAAUUUCUCCUAUUGGUGUGAUAACACUUAUUCACUAUGGUAGACUGAAUGAUCUUUCAUGGUCCAGUGAUGGCCAAAAUUUAAUCGUUGCCUCAAGCGAUGGCUAUUGUUCUGUAAUACAUUUUGAAAAAGGUGAACUAGGUAAAAUUUAUGAAAAGGAACCUGUUAGUGCGGUGAAGAAGACGCCUAAAAGUUCUGGCAAAAAAUCUUCGAACAAAAUGAAAGACAAUCCAAUGAAAAGCAACUUAACAACGUUUGACAUAGACGAUUGUGCAAUGGAUAUUGAUCUUGUAAAGUGUGAUACUAAAACAAUAGUAAAUGAUCCGCCUGAAGAACUUAAUGGACAGAAAUCGAAGAAAGUCAUGAGCGAGCAUAGUAUUACAUCAGAAAUCAAUGAUUUACAGACGAUCAAGAAAUUAAAUGAGGAUACAGAAGAAACAGAAGACAUCAAAUUAGUAUAUGAAGAGAGCAUUAAUGACACGACCAAAACAAAAGCGAAAACUACUCCACCGAAAGUGGAUGUUGCACCGAUCAUAUGUCACAAAACCCCUAGAAGAGUACAAUUAAUAACUUUGUCGAGUCCAAAGAGGCAAAAAACAAUAGUUACUUGUGCAGAAAAAUAAAAUAGACUCUUUUUAAGACUUAUACAUAACUUUCAAUUGUAGAACUAUUUUUAUAAUCUAGAAUAUUGAUUACGAGAGAAUGUUCGAAAUG